AAUUCUGGUUCAAAAUUCAAAAGUAGAAGGUGGGUAUUUCAUAUAUAAUUAGUCAAUAUGCAAAAAAAUCAUAUUUUUUUUUAUAAUUACUACCUUCAAAUAAUUAAUGAAAUGGGGACCCGGAAAAUAAGCUUGUUAUAACGUCAUAUCACACGUUAGUCCACAUGAUAGAUCUCACACAUCAUAUUACAGCGCUAGCUACAGAGGCAGGUUUUUCAAGCUAUGGCUUUGGAAACUGGAAGAAACCCUAACGAAAAUUUGGUUUACAACGGGGAAUAUUCCAGCCUCGUCGAAAAUGGACAGAUUCUUCUACUGGACGAGCCCUUGAUGAUUUAUACGCAAGAAAAUAUCCAAAGUGACUGUGCCAUAGUCUUAGAUCCUAUCAAUAACGCAAACAAUCAAAACUUGAAUUUACCGGAAAUCAUUUUCGAUGGUAAUUACUAUCAGUUCGAAAACCUGCAGAAUGGUAACGUCCAAAAUGAUUAUGGUAUACAAGAAAAUUAUCAAUACAUAAAUGAGAGGCAGCAAGUCGACGACGGCCUUGCAGUUUUGGAAAUUUUGUGUAAUAAUAAAACAGCCCUCGACCAACCUGAAUUUAUUGACAUUAACAAAUUGUCGGAACUGAAUCCUUUUGAAAAUACGAAGAACGUCGAUGUACUCUGUAUCAGUGAUGACGAUGACGUCGUGUUUGUUAAGGAGUAUAGGGAAGAUAAAACUAAGGGCGCAGAUGAGGAAGUGAACGUAGUAGAGAAAAGAAAGGAAAUUGACGUUUCGCCCAACAAAGAUAAUAGAAUAAGACGGAACCCCGUCAGAAAAGCCAGGAUAAAUUCCAAAAAAUUGUCUAAAGAACAUAUCUUAGAGGAAGAUUUCGCCUUGCUCGACACUAGUGAUGAGGAGAAGAAAGAAGAACAAAAAGAAAAUAAGGUACCCAAUAAAAAACCUCCACCGCCAACUGAAACUUUCAAACAAUGGCCUGUCAACGCACACGAACGGCCCGAAUACAAUACCGAAACGAAAAAAAUCGAAGCUUUCGAUUAUACCAUAAGAGAGAUCCAGAAGAAAGCUCCCAAUAAGAAACCGAGACUAGAAACAGUGCCAGUACGAAGGAAAUCCAAGAAGAAAUAUUUCACUAGAAAGCGCAAACCUCGAGUUGUUGAAGUUAAAAAGAUUCCAAUUACCGAGUUGAAGCCUUUAGUCAACUCCACCACUGAAAUGCUGAAAGCUUUUUUUGAAAGCUGCAAAGAAGCAAAAGGGAUAAUUAAUUCUGAUAGUAUAAACACAGAGAAAUGCAAUUUGGAAAAUCGUUUAGAGGUUUUCAAAAAUCAAAUUAUCCUGUUUUCCUUAGUCAACGAAAUGAAUCAAGACGAGGUUGCGAAGAAACUGGAUGAAGGUUGUUUUACUGAAAAUGAAACCAAAGAUUGAUGUGUCGAUAUUUUUUAGUACCUACUUAAAGUAUUUAUUCCAAGUGCAAAUUGUUUUAGGUAAGAAUGUGAUGCCUUAGAUUAGUGGACUUGUUCUUUGUGAUAUGUUAGUUUAAUCAUCUUUCUCAAAGAAAGUUAGUUUUAAUAAUAUUUUUGUAAUGUCUAUUUUAUAGAAGAUUUCACACUGUUCUUAAAUAAAAAUAUAUUUGCAGAUU